UGUCUUCAUAGACGGGAAGGAAACAUGGAGAAAACUAUUCACAGUUGGAAGUGUUGGAGAACUGAUUAACUCAGCCAAAACGGAGCUCUCUCAACAAGUAUCUAUUGAUCGAAUACUGAGAUUUGACACAGAUUUUCAAGAAUUUAUUGACAUCGAUGUUAAUUCAGAAGUGAAGGAGCUUGACAAAUUCCAAAUAUAUUAUACUGCUAGUAUCACACAGGAUCCAUUAGAUGGAAGAGUUGAGUCAUUACUGUUUCAUUCAACAGAAGUAAGCCGGACUGUCACCACAACUGUCACCACAACUGGUCUGCUGACACUGCUCGAGGAAAAGGCCCCUACAAUCUUGAGAGAACAUGAAGACACAAAGACAUUGUCAAUUUCUUUGAGAAAGUUACUUGUUAAAGUGGCUGUGAGUGACUUUGUAGAAAAGCAUGGAUUCUAUCCAUCUGGUACAGAAAAGCUGGCACUGGCAAAGGAGAUUGUGUCACUGUUCCCCUCAUUAAGGAUUAAUGUCCCAUUUGGCGAAAAUGAAGGACAUGAGCAUUUUUUUGAUGGGCCAUCACACAGUGGAUUUAUAGAAAUGAGACUACGGAACAUCAGACGGAAACUUCAACAGAGCCAGCGGAUCUACAAUUUGAAACGACGUCUUCCUACAGACCAACCUUCUCUGCCGAUUACUGAUGAAACAGUGCCCACUGAGUGGUUGACCUUGAUAAAGAGGAUGCGACCCUCUCCAGAGAACUCAUCGUCAAUAAAGACUGCAAUUGACCAAACCUUCAGUUACCGUAGAAGAUGGAUAACGACGAAAUCGCCAACUGUUGGUCAAAUCUUCAAGGAAUAUCCCAGAUUUCUGGACAUGCCAGCCUUGGUGGACAUUGAAUUUUCCAAGAUGACAGAUGGGAAAGAAGACAUGUUUAUCAAGAAAUGGGAGGGGACGAUUAUCCCAAAACUCAAGGAAAUAGCAUCCUUUGAGAAAAAAAUGUACAUCAGACACUUAUUGGAGAAAGCUGACAAUCAGCAGGAUGAUGAGCUGUGUUACACUAUGUUAAGGAUCCUCGUUCAUCUUCUUCCACCCACGGCAUCUGGGAGAAGCGUCGCCGGCAGUAAAUGCUGUGUCAAUUCUGCUAUCUCAUACUUGUUGGAACUGGUGCCGGUAUGUAUUGUGUUAGAUUUUUAUAAAGUUGCAAUGUCACAUGCAACAACAUUAUGAAUGUUUUAUAUGAUUAAUGUUUUGAAAUGCUUAUUUUUUCAUCAACAGUAUUUUUUACAGUAUGAAUUCCAUGUUAAAACCAGAAAAAAUGCAAAAUAAACAGUAUGUGAACCGUAUUCAAUGCUUCAGUGUGAUUUCAUGAUAACUACAUAUUGUAUUCUGAUCUAGCUUUUUCAAUAAUGUUUUAUAAUAAAAUAAAUCUAUAACACACAGUUGUGUUAGAUGUAUACAAAAAGACACAUUAAUGUGUUAACUAAAGUAACACAUUUGUCUGUGUGUUUUCACAACACAUAUUCUGUGUUGUAUUUUAAUUAUUAAGUAAGUUGAUUCAACAUAAUGUUUUAAGUA